AUGUCGACAUCAGUGCCAUACGAUCCAUAUGUACCUUCAGAGGAGACUAACUCGAGCUCGAACCCGAACUCUCAGAAUAAAACGGCCGCUCUGAGACAGGAGAUCGACGACACGGUGGGCAUAAUGAGAGACAACAUCAACAAGGUGGCCGAACGAGGUGAACGGUUGACCUCCAUCGAGGAUAAAGCCGACAACUUGGCUGUCUCUGCACAAGGUUUCAAGAGAGGCGCCAACAGGGUCAGAAAACAGAUGUGGUGGAAAGACUUAAAGAUGAGAAUGUGUUUAUUUUUGGUCGUUGUCAUUUUGUUGGUGGUCAUUAUCGUUCCUAUUGUUGUCCAUUUCAGUUAA